GUUUUUCUUUUCUUUUUUUUCCUCCCUCUCACGGUGGCUGCAGUUUGAAGGGGAGGGAAAUAUUCUGGCUGUGAGAUUUUAUUUUUAUUUAUUUGUUUUUAGUUCCGGGGACUCUCAAGGUUGCGCCGGGCGUCAUGACUUUUAAGUGACCACUAUGCAACAACCAUCGGUCAUAUAACACGACUCGUUCCUGCUCCGGUCAGUCCCCUCUACCAGCAAAAACCAGCACCUCCGGCAGGAGCAGCUCCGCCGCCGCCGCCGCUGCAGCUGCGCCUCACUGGCUCCUCCUCAGGGAAAACUACCACCUGCCGUCACAUCUCGCCCCGUAUGACCGUCUCAAAGAUGACAUGGCGUCCUCAGUACCGCAGCUCCAAGUUCCGCCAUGUGUUUGGUAAGGCCGCCACCAAGGAGAACUGCUAUGAUGGCGUGCCAAUCACACGCAGCGUGCAGGACAACAACUUCUGUGCUGUCAACCCACGUUUCCUGGCCGUCAUCACUGAGUGUGCUGGGGGAGGGGCCUUCCUGGUCCUGUCUGUCCAUCAUACGGGUAAAGUGGACCCUCAGCACCCUCGAAUAUCGGGCCACAGAGGCAACGUGUUAGAUAUCAAAUGGAAUCCCUUCAACGACUGCUGCAUCGCCUCCUGCUCUGAGGACGCCACGGUUAAAGUGUGGGAAAUCCCUCCUCAUGGUGUGUAUAAAAACAUUACAGUACCAUGGAAGGAGCUCCAGGGUCACAGCCGCAGAGUGGGCCUCAUUGAGUGGCACCCAACUGCUAACAACAUCCUUCUCAGUACUGCCUACGACUACCAGAUAAUGAUCUGGAACCUGGACUGUCCAGAGCAGGUGAUAAAGAACCCCGUGCGGACCAUCAAGCACCACGCAGAUGUGGUCUUGUCGAUGUCUUUCAAUACAGAUGGCAGCCUUCUCGCCACCACCUGCAAGGACAGGAAGGUCCGCCUGAUGGAGCUGCACUCUGGAUCGCUGCUAAGGGAAACCAGCUGCAAGACGCACAGAGCCAGUAAGGUGCUGAUCCUGGGAAACAUGAAGAUGCUUCUCACAUCAGGAACUUCUCGCUAUAAUGAUCGACAGAUAGCGCUGUGGGAUCAGGAUGAUCUGUCUGUGCCUUUGCUGGAGGAAAACCUGGACGGUUCGUCAGGGGUCAUUUUUCCUUUCUAUGACCCCGACACACACAUGCUCUACCUUGCUGGGAAGGGUGAUGGAAACAUCAGGUAUUAUGAGAUCAGUUCAGAAAAACCCUACAUUCACUUCUUAACAGAGUACCGCUCACACCUACCUCAGAAAGGACUGGGUGUGAUGCCAAAGCGAGGUCUCGAUGUGAGCUCCUGUGAAGUUUUCAGGUUCUACAAACUGGUGACAAUCAAGAGUCUCAUUGAGCCUCUUUCUAUGAUCGUACCCCGCAGGUCGGAGUCGUACCAAGAGGACCUCUAUCCAAUGACGGCUGGAUACAGGCCUGCUCUGACUGCAGAGGAGUGGCUUAGUGGCAUGAACAAAGGUCCAUUGCUGAUGUCUUUGAAGCCUGGAAGUCAGAUAGCAGAGUCCUUGUCAGACAUGAAGGCACUGGGGAACUCACUGGACACUCGCAGGUCUCAGGGCAGACCAGACAUGCUCCAGCUCGCUUACAUUCAGGACCGACUGGAAGCCAAAGAAAGCAGAGCGGACAGCACCCACACAGAGGAUGCCAUGAUUCAUGCACCUGUCAGCAAUGGGGAAGAUCUCUCAUUUUGCUCUCCUCCCAGAACAGAGAAUGAGCUGCGUGUGAAGUUCCACAAGCAGCAGGAGGAAAUCAGGAGGCUGAGGGAGCUUCUCAACCAGCGGGACGUGCGCAUCAAACAGCUGGAGCUGGAGAUUAAGAACAUCAAGAACUCCCAGAGUCAGAGCUCACUUUAAGACUUUCCUGACCUGCUGAGUCGCCCUCACCUUCUCACGGGAGACAUGCAUAGGUGUACCAACCUACUUAACCCCGUUUUUUAAAACCACCGCAGUCUUUGUAAGGUCCUGGCUCAGCGGUUUUCCUCUAAUGAGCCCCACACGCUCACUGCACAGGGGCGAUACAAGCCUCAAUUUUGUGUUUUCGGUCUGUCAUUUUGUCAACUCUACACAGGGUGCACGUAUUCUUUGCUCAUGUACAUACUUUUAAAACUCUCUGCACCUUUUUAACCCCCCACCCCUCCCCAUUUCUUUUGUACGCUUCACAGCUAUGCAAGUUUAUUGUAAUUUUUAGCUUUUUUUUUUUUAAUGGUCUUUGUAGAUGACAGAUAAAAGGAUGUUUGCACCUGUGUCGACUGAAUGAUGUGGCUGUGCGUGCGUUGCUUGAAAGUCGCUGCAGGGAGCAGACGUCCCGUGAGAUUGUAAGAUGAUGCUGCAUUUAUUUUCUAUGCUUGGUGAUUGUCCUCCACCCCCCCAAAUAUUCAGACUACUGUAAGUGGAGACGACUGUGUUUAAGUUCGACAGAUGUAAUAUGUGUGCUUGAAUGGGAGCGAGCUGAAUGAAUGACUGUGUCGUGAUCCCAGCUGUGUUCAGCCGUUCCAUCAAGCUGCAUUUGUUUUUAAUUUUUCUAUUUUUUAAUUGACUGGAAAGUUGGUGGAAAUGAUCCAUUUUGCUGCAGUUAAUGUGUAAGCCACCUCAGUAACUGAUGCCAUGUAGCAUCUUGAUUUUUUUUUUUUUUUUUUAUAUUUAUUUUAAAAUAUGAUCAGAGAAAAUGCCAUUUAAUCAAGUACUUGAAUUUGCUGUUGUAAUUUUAGCAAAUACAGCAUGUAAAAUGUUUUUAAAAGAACAGAACGCUGUUUGCUUUUUCCUACUGAAGGUUUCUGAUCAUAUUUCAUUCACUUGCAAUCAGUUUUAAGGCAAAAUGAUAUCUACUAUUGUAAAGGACAGCAAAAUUUUAAGGACCUCACAGCUCUGAUAUGGCUGUAAUAACAUUAAUAUGACAGCAGUCAGAUAUUUUAACCAGGCCAUUUAUUCCUUUUUUCUGCGUAUAUUAAAUCAACAAGCAGGACUCUUUUAUAGCAAAAUUCAAUUUUGACUCAAUUCAAUUUUAUUUAGCGAUAGUUCACAACAGCAGUCAUCUUAAGACACUUUAUAUUGUAUGGCAAAGACUCUAAAAGCAUUAUAGGUUUCUAACCUAGGGACUUAAAUAUGUACAAAUCCAGUUCCUGAAAAGUCGUGAUGCUGUGAAAAAUGUAAAUAAAAACAGAUUGCAGUGAUUUUCAAAUCUCAUAAACUGAUAUUUUGAGAAAAUAUUGAGAAAUUUUGAGAAAAAGUACAAUUUAAAAAGUGGGGAAAAAAGGUCAUUUUGAAUUUGAUGGCAGCAACAUGUCUCAAAGAGGCUGGGGCAGGGACAUGUUUACCAAUAUGUAGCAUUACCUUUUCUUUUAACAGCAGUCAGUAAACAUCUGGGAACUGAGGAGAGCAGCUGCAGGACUUUUGGGAGAGAAAUGUUGUCCCAUUUGUGUCUGAUUGAGGAUUCUAGCUGCUCAGCAGUCCUGCGUCUGCUUUGGCGUAUUUUUCAUCUCAUGAUGCAGCAAAUGUUGGUGAAAAUUGGUGAAAGGUCUGGACUGCAGGCAGACCAGUUCAGCAUCCUCCACUCUUCUACUAUGAAGCCCUGCUGCUGUAAUAGAUGUAGUAUGUGGUUUAGCAUUGUCUUGCUGAAAUAUCCAAGGCCUUCCCUGAAGAAGAUGUCUGGAUGGGAGUAUAUGUUGAUCUAACACUUGUAUAUAGCAUUCAGCUUUGAUGGUCACGUGAUCGCAUACGGCUUCUUCUUUGCAAGACAGAGCUUUAGCGUGCAUUUGUGGAGAAUGGUGAACUGUGUUCAUGGACAGCUAUACUGGAAGUGUUCCUGAGCCCAUGCAGUGAUUUACCAUGACAGAAUCGUGAUUGUUUUUAAUGCAGUGCUGCCUGGAAGCCCAAAGAUCACAGGCAGCUAAUAUUGAUUUUUGGCCUUGUCCCUUCUGAGAAACUCUCUAAGAUGCUCUUUUUUAUACACAAUCAUGUUAUUGACCUGUUACCAAUUAACCUAAUUAAUUGCUGUUUCUUUUUGGUACCAUUUUUUCCCCCACCUUUUGUUCCCUUUGUCCCAACUUUUCAAGAUAUAUCACUGCCAUCAAAUUCAAAAUGACCUUUUUUUUUUUUUUUCUCCUUAAAAUGAUCAGUUUUCUUAGUUUAAAGAUUUGAUAUGUUUUCUGUGUUCUAUUAUGAAUAAAAUAUGGGUUUAUGAGAUUUACACAUCAUUAGAUCUUGUCCUUCCUUUGCACAGCGUCCAAACUUUCGUGCAGUUGGGGUUGUAUAUAUUUAAGUCAGGUUACAAACAUACACGUACAAAACAGACUCCUGCAGUUUCUCAUGUUUUUUUUUUUAAUAUGUCAGUAUCACAGUAUAAAUAUUUAUUUUAUAUGGAUUCUCCACAUUUCAAGCAGAUGAGGUUUAUAACUAAGUUGACUAGACUGCCAUGGACCUAAAGACAAAUAGGAGGACAUUUAUCAGUGCUGUGUCACAUUCAUUUUGAACUGGGUGAAUGUUCAGAGCAUUUCUCAGAUUUCUCAGCUGUCCUGCCACAAAAGCAAGAAUAAAUAAAGUCAGAGAACAAACAAACAAACAAAAAACAGUCAUCAGCCAAAUUGUUGCUCUGAACAUUGGUAUCCACCAAGAAUUUCACAAUCAGUGCAUCCCUAAAGUGGACCUUGAGUGGGGAUUGAUUUGUGUGUGGCUGGUUUACAAGCCCAAGCUUGAAUUGUUGAGCUCACUUUAAAUAUCUGCAGAUAUAAAAAUGCUUUAAUGUUUUAAAAGUAAAAUGCUUGAUUAUUUUAGAAUCGGUAUAGAAAUCCCAGUACACUUUCAGUUAAACCAGUGAAACCACUAUGGGAAAAUA